CUCUUUCUUCUUUUUUUUUCUUCAGCAAGUUCUCAAACUUCCAAAAGCCAGUUGUGUUUUUUCCCCCUCCCCCCUUUCUUUCCCCUUUCCCAUCGUAGAGCUGUGCUCUAUCGAUUAAUUCACUUUCACUAAUACACCAAAAACUCAAAUCACGGUAGCUUGCUGGUCUCGCUAUCCCCCAAAUUCACACUCACAUACCCCCCAAAGCACUAACUGGUUUUUGCUUGCUCGACUCGCCGUCUUACGCGCCAAUUUACAUUCUUCUCAAGAUUCGUUUUUAGUUUUAUUUUCAGCAUUACCCCUUAAUCAGUCAACAUGUCCGCCAUUCAGCUUUCGUUCUCUCUCCGUGUUUCUUCUGGCGUCAAGACCGUCCAUCUUCUUGGUUCCUGGGACAACUACGCCGGCCAGCUCCCCCUUUCCAAGGACAAGACCUCCUCCAAGUCCGGCUCGUGGAAGGGCACCUUCCGCUUCCAGCCCGCUCUUGUCCAGCCCGGCCAGCGCUACUGGUACUACUACAUCAUCGAUGGCUACCACGUCUCCCACAACCCCUCCGAGGAGUUCACCGUUGAGCCCACCACCGGCCGCUCCCUGAACAUCCUCGACGUUCCCAAGUCUUCCUCCUCCUCCAAGAGCUCCUCCCGCCACUCCCGCGACUCCGUCAAGUCCUCCAAGCGCGAGUCCCUCUCCCUCGACAUCCCCAAGGGUCGCCCUCUCUCCGUCUCCCAGAUCAAGGCUCCCAAGCCCAUGUCUCCCCACGCCACCCGCCACAUCCUCGAUGCCGACUACAACAUCGACGAGCUCUCCAGCCGCUUUGCCACCACUGGCAUCUACGACGAGUACGAUGAGGACGUCAUCACCGACUUCGACAUGCGCUCCUCCCCCGUCUCCUCCACCGGUUCCUCCGUCAGCUACCGCUCCGACAGCUCCAGCCCCAGCUCUUCCCUCUCCGGCUACUCCACUCCCGCUUCGGACUGCUCCAGCUGCAUCUGCGAGCGCUACGGCAUCACCCGCAAGGGCGAGCGCGUCCGUCUCGACUGCGGUGGCUCCCGCUGCGGCUACGAGGACUCCUGCUCCUCCGAGGAUGAGGAGAACUACGUUGAGCGCAGCUCUCGCCGCAACGGCAUCGUCGUCCGUGCUUAAGUGGCUUCACCCCUGCCUCGGGUGAGGAAAUUUGAAGAAGACUCCAUCCUCCGACUUUUGGAAGGGAACUCAAGUAGGAACGUUUUGUGUGUUGUGUGCAGCCCGGCCUUAUUAGUGCCAUUAAUUUGCCACCACCGUCCCAUACUCCCAAUCCGGUCAACCAAGAAGACAUAUCGACGUCCCAGUCUCGAUUCCAGCUUUCAGAUGUUUGCGCCUAGUUCGCCAUCUCGUCGCUCGGAAUUCGAUGAGAGAUUAAUACGGUCCGAUCACGC